UGACCGGCACAUUUGUUUUUUACUAAAACGAAAAAGAACAAUGAUUUGGGACACAUAAUAGUAAAUUAACUGAGUUAUUACUCGCGUCCUUAUCACCUGGAGGAUUGACUUCACCGUGGUAAAGCAUGGAACCAUGUUUGACCGGCAACCCAGCGACCCCGAAACCCAGCCCCUCCUCCACCCUGAGGCCAGGCCCUUUCUCUUCUGGCUCAGCUUCUACAACAACCGCACCAACUUCCGACCGCCUUCAGCCUAAACUCACCCUGCCAACACCUCAAACCACACCCUCGUCUUCUCCCUCCACGGCCUCCCCUCGAACUUCUCCAUGUCUUUCCUCCCGUUCGUCCUCCCAGUCCACACCGCCUGCCUCCCCUCUACGCCAGCCUAUAAGGAGCCCCUCACAGGUGGGCAGAUCUCAGCUUAAUGCAACCUCCACUGGCAUUCCCCCGACUGGAUUCCCAGUUGCUGGAGCUGCUGCCAUGGCUCAGCAGCCUUCUCCCACACCUGAAUCAGAAGAACCAGAGGAGGAAGUCAGUCUUGAGGAUUUGGAGGAGAAAGCAAAGUCGGGAGAUGCUCGAGCACAGUGCAAGAUGGGACGUUACUUCCUGGCCGUGGGAGAAGAAAGAGAUGAAGAGCUGAACAACUGUACAGCGGUCACUUGGCUAGUCCAGGCUGCUAAACAAGGACGCAAGGACGCCGUCAAACAGCUGCAGCGGUGCUUAGCCUCCAGGAAAGGCAUCACUCUGGAGAACAUUGAGGAGGUGAAGAAGCUGUGUUCAGAGACGCGCUUUGAGAGAGGAGUCAGGAAAGCAGCUCUGCUCAUGUACUGGAAGUUGAACCCGGAGAGGAAGAAGUCGGUGGCUGUUUCUGAGAUGCUAGAGAACGUUGAACACGUCCACAUGGAGCCAGGCAAACCCGUGUCGCCCGGCCCACUGAACAGCUCUGCCAAGAAACAGAGGAGAGUCCUGGAGACGAUGGUCACCAGUGAAGCCAGAUGCCAAGUGGGUCUUGACGACUUUGUUGAGAUGACGAAGAAGUAUGCUCAAGGUGUUGCACCUUCACCCGUCAUGGCUACAGAAGGAGGUGACGAUGAUGACGAUGACGACGACGAUGAUGUCGUGAUGAAGAAUCCAGAUAAAUUGCCCUUACACCAAAAGUUGCUGAAGUUCCCUCUGUUCGCCUUGCUGGAGAUCAAGGAGCACCUCAUCGACUGGGCGUCGCGGGCCGGCAUGCAGUGGCUCAGCGCCCUGAUUCCCACGCACCACGUCAACGCACUUAUCUUCUUCUUUAUCAUCUCCAACCUCACAAUCGAGUUCUUCAUCUUUCUCAUCCCUCUGCUGGUUUUCUACCUCUCGUUCUUCUCCAUGAUCAUCUGCACACUGCGGGUAUUUCAGAAUUCCAAAGCGUGGGAAAACUUUCGAGCCAUGACUGACCUGCUGACGCACUUUGAACCCAGUCUGGAUCUGGAGCAGGCUGAGACCAACUUUGGAUGGACACACUUAGAGCCUUAUCUGUACUUCCUGUUCUCUGUGAUCUUUGUGGUGUUCUCUUUCCCUGUUGCUGAUAAAUCCUGGAUCCCCUGCUCAGAGUUGACUGCUGUCGCUCUCUUCUUCACCGUCACCGCCUUCCUCAGCCUCCAUGCCUCUGCUCAGCUCUUCGCUCGUCGGGCCCUCGUCACAGAGGUCCUCUCCGGAGUGUGCUCCCUCACAAACCUCCUGCCAGACUCCCUCCCCUGGUUCCUCCGGGUCUUCGGGAUGACGUUCAUCACUUUGCCUCUCGGGGACCACGUGGUGUUGAACCUGGGGGUGCCAUGUCUGCUAUCUGGGCACCUUUUCUAUCUGCUCUUCCGUAUGGCCCAGCUGAGAGGCUUCAAGGGCACCUACCUGUGCCUAGUGCCCUACCUGGUAUGCUUCACCUGGUGUGAGCUCAGCUUGGUGUUCCUUAAAAACGCCUCUGUAAUAGGACUCAUCCGCACCUGCAUUGGCUACUUCCUCUUCUUGUUCGCCCUUCCUGUACUCUCACUCGGCAUGGCAGCAAUGCUCUUCAUCCAGUUACUGCACUGGUUCCUCGCUCUGGAGGUGACCAAGAUGGUGGUCACCGUGAUCAUUUGCUUCGUGCCAGUAGUGCUGAGGCUUUGGACUCGCUUCAGCCUCAACCCCAUCGUGGUGUUCCGGUCUUUGUCCCGGAGCAGCGUCGUGAAGCUCAUCCUGGUGUGGCUCAGUGCGGUGGUGCUCUUCUGCUGGAUGUACGUCUUCAGGUCCGAAGGCAUGAAGGUGUAUAACUCCACCCUGACGUGGCCCGAGUACAGCAGCCUCUGCGGCCCUCUAGCCUGGAAAGAGAGCAACAUGGCCCAGACUCAGAUUCUCUGCUCUCAUCUCGAAGGACAUCGCGUCACGUGGACCGGACGCUUCCGAUACGUCCGUGUGACCGACAUGGAGAACGGGCCUCACUCGGUUAUCAACCUGCUGCCUGUCUUUGUGGGGAACUGGAUGCGCUGCCUGUACGGGGAGCCGUAUCCUUUGUGUGAGGAGUUGGAAACCAUCACCGCCGAGCCCCGGCCUCAGCCGGCCCCGGCUCCUCCUCCAGAAGAUCCCCUCUGUAAACUUAAGAAGCUGGCCAAGCACGAAUGUCACAUCAAGCGCUUUGACCAAUACAAAUUUGAAGUCACAAUGGGCAUGCCGCUGGAGAGGAAGACCAAGAACGGGACGAUCAUAGAGGACGAAGAUGCGACGAAGGACAUCGUCCUGCGGGCGAGUAAUGAGUUCAAGUCCAUGCUUUUAUACCUAAACACAGGAAGCGUGGUGGAGUUCAGCACCAUCCUGGAGGGCCGCUUAGGCUCCAAAUGGCCCGUGUUUGAGCUGAAAGCCAUUCACUGCCUGUCGUGCGGCGAUGCCCGCUUGCCCAUCCGCCGGCAGUACAAGAUUGAACACGACUGGAGGCGCACGGCUCAGAGAGCCCUGCAGUUUGGGUUUGACUUCUUCUUUAACCCCUUCCUGACCGCUAAGAUGGAGCAAAACUCAGAGACUGAAAUCGAGACUGUGACACAGGAGGAGGGGUAGAGAUCUGGCAAACAGCCCUGGAGGAUAUAAGAUGUAUGAUUAUGAUAAUACUAGUGAAAGAACAUUAUUGAUUGCACUCUUCUUAAUUAACACUGUAAGAGGGUGAACACAUACUUCAGAAUUUGUAGAUCUGGUCAUGAGAGUGUGUGAGUUUGCAUUCUAAUAGCUUUUGAGCCAAAAUAUGUCAUAACUCUAACUAUAAGCACACAAGCACACCACAAACAAACUGCUUGGAAGCGGACCGAGACCCCCCUUUUCAAGCAGUCUCGGUUUGGUGGUUUGCUCUGCACCAGAUUGACAGUUUUCACACCAGUUCAAAGAACCGAGCAAAGAAACCUGAGUUUGUUUAAACCGGUUGUGAAAGCCCCUUGACAAUGGGGAGAAACACAUUUACUGCAUAACACUAACGAUGGAAAAACACGAUUAAAAGUUCCUCAGAUAUGAUCAGUUGAGCGUUUCAUCUGAUUUUAGCUGCACAUAUACACCGUCUCUUAACCAAGUCAUUUCUAAUUAGUUUGUUCAUUGUACAAACACUGGGUGUGCUGAACCACGUAUGUACAGAUCAAAUAUUUGUACCCAAAAUCAUCAGCAUUUCACAGUGUCCUUGUUGAACUGUCAUUGCUUCGUCUGUGGGAGACGAGUUACAUGUCACGGUUUCCUUUGCUGUCAAGCUUUCAUAAUUUAAUAUAUCAAAAAUAUGUGAAAAGAAAAGACACUAAAUCAUAUCUUUAUUCCUUAAUCUAUAAAAAGCGUAGAAGUUUAUCUCUGCCGUUGCUGUUCGGCCAUCUUUUUCUCCUCUUUCUGUUUCUCUUUCCUUGUUCUCUGCUGUGCAGAGAUUACAAAUAUUGAACAUUUGAAUUCCCUGAGCGAUGAUGUUUUAACUUAAGAUGUCACUCCUGUUUUCUUUACUGUGGCUCAUAAACGUAAUGAAAACA